CCACAUAGCCACGGGCCCACAUUCUGACGAGCUUAUAUACGCUCUCCACUCCGGCGUGGAGGCGGCGGCGGCCGAUCAGAUCCAGUGCUUCUCGCGGCGAGGCGAUGUCGUCGUCGGCGUCGCCGGCGGCGUGGUGGGCGCGCAGCCGCGUCCGCAUCCUCCUACCGGUCAUCUUCCUCGCCCCCGCGCUCUACUUCCUCCUCUCUCCACCCUCCUCUCCGCCUUUCUUCUUCACUCUUCCCACCUCCAGGGAGGAGUCGCCGUCGGCGUCGGGGUCGCGGGUCAUAUGGGCGCAGCGGCGGGUGGCGGAGUGGCGGUCGUGCGGGUGGUGGCGGGCGGCAAUGCCGGCUCCGUCGAGGAGGAAUGGGUACAUCCGGAUCGACUGCUACGGCGGGCUCAACCAGCUGCGACGCGAUCUAUGUGAUGGAAUUGCGGUUGCGCGCCUUCUCAACGCAACAAUGGUUCUGCCCAAGUUUGAGGUUGCUGCCUACUGGAAUGAAUCUAGUGGAUUUGCAGACGUUUUCGAUGUUGAUUACUUCAUUGAGCAAACCAGAGGUUAUGUGGAAGUUGUGAAGGACAUGCCUGAAGAGAUAGCAUCAAAAGAGCCCUUUAAGGUUGAUUGCAGCAAACGAAAAGGACAUUUUGAUUACGUGGAAACGGUGCUUCCAGCUCUCUUGGAGCAUCAGUAUAUUUCACUGACACCUGCCAUGAGCCAAAGAAGAGACAGAAAUCCUUCAUACGCGAAAGCUUCUUACUGCCAAGGCUGCUACAAUGCACUGCGGUUGAAUAAGAAUGUGGAAACAAAAGCUAUUGAGCUUCUCCAAGCCAUACCAAAACCUUUCUUGUCUCUUCACCUGAGAUUUGAACCAGAUAUGGUUGCCUACAGUCGAUGUGUAUACACUGGUCUGUCUUCUAAAUCACUCAGUGCAAUUGAAGCUGCACGUGGGGAGGACAGGAAGGCAUUGACUGGUGAGGCUGCCCUUCUGUGGAGGAACCGUGGCAAGUGCCCUCUAACACCAAGUGAAACAGCAUUUAUACUUAAAGCAUUAGGUAUCCCCACAGACACAAACAUUUAUUUAGCUGCUGGCGAUGGGCUAAUGGAACUUGAGGGCUUCACUUCCAUUUACAAAAAUAUAUACACUAAAUCAUCCCUCCUAACUCAUGAUGAUUUUGAGAAGAUGCAUGGCAAUACAAAAGCUGCUCUUGAUUACUAUGUUUCAGUCAGCAGUGAUGCUUAUGUUGCCACCUUCUUUGGAAAUAUGGAUAAGAUGGUAACUGCGAUGAGAACAAUGCAAGGGCACCAGAAGACUCUGGUCUUGAGUAGGAGGGCCUAUGCAAACUACACAGCUGUUGGACUUUCAGGGGAGCAACUAGCUAUGGCCAUGUGGGAUGCCCAUCGAGAGGAAUAUAUCAUGGGGAGGGGAUCAGCCCUUCCUGAGCAGUGCUUCUGUGAGUUCAAAUUGUAACACGAAGGCCACUUUAGAUUGCCAUCAACGAAGGCCACUUUAGAUUGCCAUCAUUUGAUCAACAGCAAUUAAUAUGUGACUUCAGAAUCUUCAGAUGUGCAAAUAUGGAUGAGAAUUUUACUGCGAUAGAGAGCAAUGCUGACGAUAAAGAAGAAACUGUUCUUGGUGAGAUGGGAUUUCACAGUCAGCAUGGUGGCUGGGCUCUGUGGAGGGAAGCUGGCUCUCGUACAGAAAUGCAUCUUGGCCCGCCUUCUGUUUCUCCUGCGUACUGUUUUGACUUUUCGGACUUCAAGUCAAUGGCUUAACCUGAGAAGGAAGCCUCGCAGAAACUUCCCACAUCUUUGUCUUGUACUUUAGUCAUAUACAAACUCAGAGGAUGCCCACGGCCUUGUAUGAAAGCUUAUCUUCGCUCCAAUCAGAAGUUAUUAACAUGGAAAUAUUGGUUUGAAGAGAUUUAAAUGCAAAUUGCCAAUAUUCUAUUGAAGGAAAUCAAGAGGUCAACUUUAGACAAUCCAGCUGGUACUACAAUGCAGCUAAGUACUACACUGUACACACUGCUGUUUACCAUGAAGUGGUUGGCUAUAAAGGAAACAACUUCUUGAAGUGUCCCCACUGACUGGCUAAGCUAUUCCAGUAGCAGCUGAGUCCCAUCCUUAUCACUUCUCCCAUCUCCUUAGACCUUAAGCUAAGGCAACACGAGUGAGGGCUGGACACAUCAUCACAAAAGCUUUAUAAUAUAUGGGCUUUGUCCUGUUUUCUCUGGAUAUAUCAGUUACUCCUCUUACCAGUGCAGCUCUGCAUCGUCAGCGAUCAAGGGUACCAGGGUGGAUCGCCUACGAGAAGCUAGUGACACAGGGCAUCAUCGUGGUCGGCACAAGAGGGCCCGCUCCUCUCCUCCACGCCAUGACGACGAGCCGCCACCGCCGCCGCCGCUGUCUCCGGCGGUGACAGGAGGAGCACACGGCGGCGCCGCGUGGCACUCAACGGUGCUCGCGGAGGACGUCGAAAGUGCCGUCAUCGUCGCGGCGCUGACGCACGUCAUCAGCUCCACGGCGGCGGAGGUGACCACGGCCGUUCCUCCGGUGACGGUUGCGCCGCAGCGAGCUGCCACGGCUACCAUGUUCGGACAGCAAGGUACGCUGAUCGAUAUUGGAUACUUGGUUUUGUGAUCGAUUACACAUGGCUUCUACUUCCUCUGUCUUUGUAUAUUGUAAUUCUCCAGAUAAUUCGAUCUUCUUCGUCAUGAAUCACCUAGUUUGGAGGCAUUACCAAAUGGAAAAGGCUACACGUACAAAAAGAAAUUGUUAUAAUUUUUUUACUAAUGCUGACGAAUAACAUAGGCUCAAAUUAGUGAGCAGAUACUAUAUAUGAUUGUCUAUAUAGCCCAGAAAAUUUCAGGGAAAUCAUAUGAACUUUGGGACAAAAUACUGUUAUCAACUUUGGGACAAAAGGGUGCGCUUGUGACAAUGUACAGUGGUUGCGGAUAGAACUUACUUUAGUAGUUUCUAGCUAGAAAGAAUAAAUAAUGCGUUGUUAUUUGCAAGUGAAGCACACACGUAGCUCGCUUUAGCCUUCAACGUGGCAAUGGCAGUGAAUUAUUGGAUUGUUGCUUAUAAGAUGUAAACCCAGGUACGGUUUGGUGUUGAUUGAUGUAGUAUGUAUGUGAGACAGAGCUGUCGACUUUGUAUGUGGACUCUUCCUUGUAGAUUUUGUACUAUGAUGCUUGCAUGACAGCAAUAGUGUUAAUUUGACGUUAAAUUAAUGUCUC